AUGUCAACCUAUUUUAUAGCAUUAAAUGGCUAUCCUCAAAUAACUGAACUUUGUACAAUAUCUGAUAAUCAUACCAUAACCUUACCAGAAAUACCUCAGCUACGUCUAUUCGUUCCUAAAAAGGCUUUAAAGGAUAAUUUAUCCAUAACAUUAACAACCUUCUACACGGAUGCCCCGUACAUUUUUGGCCUACCCGUCGAUGAUGGUGAACAUCUAAUUUAUUUAUCACCCAUUAUUCGACUAGAGCCCGAUGGAUACCAUUUUGGCUACCAAGAAUCAUUUGAAGUAAUGUUACGGUUACCAAUUCCUUCCGCUAGCGAAUUGUGUCAGUAUUUCAAAGUGGAUAACAUUAAAGACCUACCUUUAAAAUUAGGCCAUCGAAGUCAAGAAGAUAAAGUUUGGAACAUUCAGAAAUUAGAUUACCAAUCCAUAUCUAUACAAGAAAUUGAGAAUACAUAUUGUAUUAAUGUCCCUAUUCAACAUUUUUCGGAUUAUUUAAUCUAUAUUAAAUCAGCAGUAUCAGUUUUAUUCAAGCAUAUAUUUCCCUCAUAUCAGCAGGAAAUCAAAGCUGUGGCUUACUUAUCGCCGAUUGAUUCCUAUUUAAAAACCACUCAUCUGAAGAUUGUAAUAUUGAGUAAAAAUGUAGAUGACGAUAACAUAAUGCAAAAUAUUCCUGAGCCCUACCGGCGAAUUGCCCUUUCGCCUUGUGGAUUAGAAGAUGUUAUAUUAGAAAAUGGCUCCUAUAAAAUCGAAUUCAAGAAUGGGCGCCUUCUGUGUGAGGAUAAAGAAUUGAUGAUUCGAACGCUUACCGUGAAUUGGAAUGAAAGGGUCUGCUAUCAUCUUGAUUACGACUGUAAAGUUUUAAAUCCAAACGAUCCUUUAACUAGUGCAGCUAGAAUUACUAUCAAGCCUCGUAGUAAUCAAAAUGAUCAAACGCUAAAAUCUUUAACCUUAAUGAAGCCAUCUUUAGCUGAUGGUAUGGACACGAAUUCCAAGCUUACAAGUAACAUAUCUGAAGAGCAACAGUUGAUACAAAGCGAUGUUGAAGAUAUAGAACGUAGCGAACAGAGCAGUAAUACUAUUGCUGGCCACGUAAGGGCAGAAGCUGAAAAUGAAAAAGCUGCGAAAGAACUUCCAGAAAAUGCUAUAACUGAUAUUGACUACCAGAACGAAAGUCACUUAAAUAUAUUUCCAGGAUUUAUACCGGCAUUAAAUGGCUAUCCUCAAAUAACUGAACUUUGUACAAUAUCUGAUAAUCAUACCAUAACCUUACCAGAAAUACCUCAGCUACGUCUAUUCGUUCCUAAAAAGGCUUUAAAGGAUAAUUUAUCCAUAACAUUAACAACCUUCUACACGGAUGCCCCGUACAUUUUUGGCCUACCCGUCGAUGAUGGUGAACAUCUAAUUUAUUUAUCACCCAUUAUUCGACUAGAGCCCGAUGGAUACCAUUUUGGCUACCAAGAAUCAUUUGAAGUAAUGUUACGGUUACCAAUUCCUUCCGCUAGCGAAUUGUGUCAGUAUUUCAAAGUGGAUAACAUUAAAGACCUACCUUUAAAAUUAGGCCAUCGAAGUCAAGAAGAUAAAGUUUGGAACAUUCAGAAAUUAGAUUACCAAUCCAUAUCUAUACAAGAAAUUGAGAAUACAUAUUGUAUUAAUGUCCCUAUUCAACAUUUUUCGGAUUAUUUAAUCUAUAUUAAAUCAGCAGUAUCAGUUUUAUUCAAGCAUAUAUUUCCCUCAUAUCAGCAGGAAAUCAAAGCUGUGGCUUACUUAUCGCCGAUUGAUUCCUAUUUAAAAACCACUCAUCUGAAGAUUGUAAUAUUGAGUAAAAAUGUAGAUGACGAUAACAUAAUGCAAAAUAUUCCUGAGCCCUACCGGCGAAUUGCCCUUUCGCCUUGUGGAUUAGAAGAUGUUAUAUUAGAAAAUGGCUCCUAUAAAAUCGAAUUCAAGAAUGGGCGCCUUCUGUGUGAGGAUAAAGAAUUGAUGAUUCGAACGCUUACCGUGAAUUGGAAUGAAAGGGUCUGCUAUCAUCUUGAUUACGACUGUAAAGUUUUAAAUCCAAACGAUCCUUUAACUAGUGCAGCUAGAAUUACUAUCAAGCCUCGUAGUAAUCAAAAUGAUCAAACGCUAAAAUCUUUAACCUUAAUGAAGGUAUACUAA